CUGCUAGAUGAAAAGAAGAUGGAAAAUACCUUUGGGUGGAAUUUGGGCAAUAAAAAAAACAGAGAUGGGCCUCAACAACCAGCUCUGCUGAGUGAAAGGAAGAACAUGCCUCUGUCCUUGCUGUAACUUGAUGCAAUUAAUGUAGUUAUUUCUUGCACUGAACUUAACCACAGUUUUACCUACAAGGUCAUAGAUUCUUGUGUCCAUAAUGAUGGGAUAAAGUGGCAUUAUAGUUUUCAGGCAUCUCCUCUGUUGGUGUUCGUUCUCUCCUGGUUAGUUCUACCUGGAAGGGACUUGGCAAGAUCCUGACUGUUGGCUCAGCUGCUUGCUUUUCCCACUAGCAUAAUAAAUAGAUUGAUACCUGCCUGCCUCCUUCAGUUUGGAAGAUGAUUAUGGCCUUUACUGCUGCAUUUUAUGGCAUUCUCUUGUCUCUAAUAUCAUAGAAUCAUAACGUUAGAAUAUGUUUCAUGGGGGAAAAAAAUAAGGUGAUGGGGGAGGGAGAGGAGAGCAGUGAGUUCCUGAAAUCUCCUCUGGGCACUUCAGCUACAGGGAACUGAGCCUAUAGCUGUGUUGGCAGCUGCUUAGCUAUUGCUGCUGCCAAAAAUGCAAGGGCUCAGCCUGCCACGUCUUUGUUUCAGUAGCAUUUCCUUCCUCUCUUCCCACUACAGAUGCCAAAUACAGCAUUUGAGGAAAACAUAUGAUGAUCUGCCAAGGGUACUGCUCUAAAGUAUACUUGAUGCUCACACUGCCAUCCUUUUGUGGUUGUACCUACCAGAGUAACUUAGAGUUGAUAGAGUCAUUCUAGUAUCUAUACUUGUUUUUGAACACCCUGAGCUGUAAGUUCUGAACAACUGUCAAUGAAGUAUGUGCCAGUUUCUCUUUUUCCUUCUCUUCCCACUCCCACUUGCUUUUCUCUUGGAAAAAUACUGAGGAGAGGAAGCAUGUUCAGAAGGAGCUUCUUAUGGUGUACUGUCACCAGUUAUGAUUUUCUUUUCGAUGCUGAAAAAUGCUUAAAAUUUUUCGGUAUCACACAGAAGCUUGAAACUUAAAUAAGAAGACGUUCCACAUAUAUUGUACUUCCCUGUAUUAUAGAGUCGUGCUACUCAUAGUGCAGGCUGCGAGAAUUGUGACUGCUCUCCUUUCAUGGAAAGAACUGGUAGUGUUUAACUGUUCAUUUCUCAGACUUCGAGUAAGAUGCAAAUUGAACCUUAGUUUUAUGAGAUGCUGCUGACUUAGGAACAACAGGAUCCUGUUAGCUUCAGGUACUGCCACAGGCUGUAGCCCUGUCUCAUACUGGGAGGGACCUGGCUUCACACAGCAAUGGCAGGUGAGGCAGGUUACUGCAUUCCUGGUGUGCUUACUGUCCUUGUGGGUCAGUAGGGGCAAGGGGGAAGCUAUGCUGAAACCCCAUUAUCCCAGUACUGCUUAGGCUCCUGGAGCAGGAGCCUGCAAUUACUAUGUAACGAUGAACAUAAAAGGGAACUUUUUCUGUCUAUAUUACUCCAUUAACUUUCUCUACGUCUGGAAGUGGCAGAAUGUCUUGCUGUAAUGUAGGUCUUUUCCUCUCAAGUUGAGUGUGUAAUUACUUCUGGAUCAUAUAUUCCCUGUCUACUUCAGUGGGAGAAGCUCUAUUAAUAAUCCGUUCUGCAAUCAACUGAGUCUUUGAAAUUCCCUUGGACUGCUACUCUCACCCAGUAGGGCAGAUUCUCUGGUCUGAUUAAAGAAACUGUGCCCCAAAUGUCCUCUCUCGCUUACGGUGGCUGCUUUCUCAUGACAAGGUUUUGUGGUACGUGGGAGCGACAUGCAAGAUGAGAACACAAAACAGCAAAUGGGAACAAAAAUGGGUGGUGGCAAUGGCAGGACCUGUCUGCAAAAAUCUGUGAGGGAGCCAUGGUAAUGUAUUGUCAUAAAUGAAGUUUUAUUAGAGCCGUGUCAGAAUACUAUCAAAAGAACAAGUGCGACUGUCUGUUUCCAUGGAGAUCUUCCCUGUUCCCUGGGGAGCGCAGGGAUCGCAUGGCGCUGUGCAGCUAUGCCAACUGCAAUUAGGCGAGCGUGCAGCUUGAGGAAUAUACAUGUGGACACCCAGCAGUGACCGUGGACAACAAUGGCCAAACACGGAUUUACCGCAGUAUGGGCAGAAGCAGUGGCAAUCCUAUUUUGGGCGAACGUUUGAUGUUUACACCAAACUCUGGAAGUUUCAACAGCAGCAUCGACAAGUAUUGGACAAUCGGUAUGGGUUGAAGCGGUGGCAAAUUGGGGAAAUUGCUUCCAAGAUUGGGCAGCUCUAUUACCAUUAUUACUUGCGCACUUCUGAAACCAGCUAUCUCAAUGAAGCUUUCUCCUUCUAUUCCGCGAUCAGGCAGAGGUCAUACUACUCCCAGGUUAACAAGGAAGACAGGCCUGAAUUAGUGGUUAAGAAGCUGCGUUACUAUGCAAGGUUUAUAGUGGUUUGUCUCUUGCUCAACAAAAUGGAUGUCGUAAAGGACCUUGUAAAGGAGCUUUCAGAUGAGAUUGAAGACUACACUCAUCGUUUUAAUACUGAAGAUCAGGUGGAGUGGAACCUGGUUCUUCAGGAAGUGGCAGCUUUUAUUGAGGCAGACCCUGUAAUGGUUUUAAAUGACGACAACACCAUUGUAAUCACCUCCAACAGGCUUUCUGAAACUGGAGCUCCAUUGCUGGAGCAGGGAAUGAUAGUGGGACAGCUUGCUCUUGCAGAUGCACUGAUUAUUGGGAACUGCAAUAACCAGGUGAAGUUCAGUGAAUUGACAAUUGAUAUGUUCCGAAUGCUGCAAGCACUUGAAAGGGAACCAAUGAAUUUAGCUUCGCAGAUGAACAAACCUGGAAUGCAGGAGUCAACGGAGAAACCAGCCAGGCGGGAAAACCCUCAUAAAUACCUACUUUAUAAACCAACUUUUAGCCAGCUGUACACGUUUUUAGCAGCAUCAUUUAAGGAGCUGCCUGCAAACAGCGUGCUGCUGAUUUACUUGUCUGCCACGGGCGUGUUCCCAUCAGGUCGUUCGGAUAGUGAAGGCCCAUACGAUUUUGGUGGUGUUCUGACAAAUAGUAACCGGGACGUUAUAAAUGGAGAUGCUAUCCACAAGCGAAACCAAUCUUACAAGGAGAUGCAUUGUCUUCAUCCUGGGGAUCUCUACCCUUUCACAAGAAAGCCACUUUUUAUCAUUGUGGAUUCUUCAAACAGUGUGGCCUAUAAGAAUUUCACAAACUUAUUUGGACAACCAUUGGUGUGCUUGCUUUCUCCAACAGCAUAUCCAAAAGCGUUACAGGAUCAGUCUCAGCGGGGUAGCCUCUUCACACUCUUUCUGAACAAUCCUUUAAUGGCAUUCCUAUUUGUCUCUGGAUUAUCAAGCAUGCGCAGAGGACUGUGGGAGAAGUGUCAAGAUUACCUCAGAAAAAUCAAUCGAGAUAUUGCGCAGCUGCUGACCCACUCCCGCUCCAUAGAUCAAUCAUUUCUUCAGUUUUUUGGGGAUGAAUUUCUUCGUUUGCUUCUAACGAGAUUUAUCUUCUGUUCAGCUACUAUGAGGAUGCACAAAAUUUUCCGGCAGGAAACACGAAAUUAUCCAGAGUCUUAUCCUCAGCUGCCAAGAGAUGAAACGGUGGAGAACCCUCACCUCCAAAAGCACAUUUUGGAGCUGGCUUCCAUACUGGAUGUUAGAAAUGUUUUCCUGGAAAACACUCUUGACGACUAUUAAGAAAAACUGUCUUACUGCAAAGGGGUUUCCCUGGCCACAGAUUUUGAAUGGUGCAGUUUUCUAAUGUGAAAAUCAUAAAAGGAAGUACUUGAUUUUAUUUUUAAACUUAGGACCAUUAUUUUAAAAAGUAAUAAUAAACAGCUGUUAGGUUAGCUGUUCCAUUCUGUAUGGGGGGGUCAAUUUUAUAAGAAGUUUUCAUGUCUUUUAAAUGUUAAACUAAAGAAUUGCUAGAGGUUUAUUUCUGGUCUUGUGGCUGUCAACCACAUUUCCAACAGCUGAUCCUAAGCAUAGAAGUAUUAUUGGUUACCUUUAUCCCACAUUUGUGGAAAUCCUUUAUUUUUAUACAAUUUUAAGAAAUUGGAAAAAAUCAAUAGAAAAAUGAUAUUUUGUCCCCAAAGAGUCUGGAUUUGAAAUGAUAAAGAUGGAACCACACAGUGCAAACGGACAAUAGCAAUAAAACAAAGUCCUUCAUAACCAAUAUAUUUUUUCAGUCUUAGGCAAGUAAGUAGACAAAACUCUGGAAGAUUAAGUUGCAUUUGGAGACAGUGAGUUUGAAAUGAGGUUGUAAAGAAAGUUAAUGCUCCCUACAGAUUUGACAAAGCAGUGUCAUGUAUUAACUCUGAACUGCUGACCAAGGACACAAUUUCCCCUCUGUCUGAUGGGAUAUGUGGUUAGCAGAGUAGUGAAUUAAAAACUAAGAAAGCUGGCACCCCUCUCUCACUGUAAUAAGGAUCAUCUUGCCAUUUUUGUUGCUGCCACAAUUUUCUAGGAGAUGGCAUUCUUCAUUUUGACCCACUAAUCAGAUAUUCUUUAAUUUUCGGCAGGUGUUAUCCUCCUUUCUUUGUGUAGAUGAAAUGUAUGGCUCCCACAGUGUUACCAUUCCCUGACUGGAGUUGAAAGAAUGCCCCAUAAAGUGCUGAAUACAAGCCCUUCUUAUUCCCCAUUUAUCAGACCAACCCCAAGGGAGAGAUGCCAGUGCUCCUCUCAUGGGUUAAACAAUGUGGGUACUGCCAGAAGAACAAACAAACAAAAACGGAGAGGUUGUAGUUGUGUUUGGUAGCCCUGGAGUCUCCCUCAGUCUAGGGAUCUUAAGGAGUACAGUGGCAUCUGCAAAGGCUCUUACUGGAGAAAAGUGCUUGCCUGACUCAUUUAGACUGUACUGCCUUCUUUGCAGAGCUAGAAGGACCUCUUGUAACUCCUGGCAGUAAAGAUUUGAGCAGGGGGAAGGAAAUGAAAAUAUUUUAAUUAAAGGAGUUUAUGUUCACUGUUCCAUGUACUAGAAAGGCAGUGAAAGAAUGAAUAUGAUCAGUGUUUUUAUGUUGAACUUCAGCCAUAUCUAUGUUUCUGUUGGGGGGAAAAAAAUGCAAAAUUUGGUGACUACCAUAGUUAUCACAGUAUACCUGUUUGCAAGUGUUGUUAUACAAGGUAUGAUCUACUCAGCUGGAGUAGUGGAGGGCAGCAGUUCAGCACUGAUGAGCCUUCAUUCAGCUGUGGAUAGCACGGUUUGGCACAUCAGGAAUUGCUGGAGUGAAGGUAGGAAGUUGCUGUGAAGGUCCUCUCUAUCUGGGAUGCAGCUGAUGCCACCCAUUCUUUAAUUUCUCAAGUGGAAAAAAAACAUAGAUUUUUUUUUUUUUUAAAGAAGUAGUGUUUGUUCUAAGCAGUCUUGAAGCUGUUGUGUUGGGCCCCCCACCACUUGGUGCUGUUCUUUGGACUAUGGCAGGACUUUGUUACAUGGGACGUGGAGUUUAUUUUAAAGAGUGUGUGUUUGUGUGUGUGCAUGUGUAUUCUAGGCGUUUGUGUGUAUAUGUACAAUACGCAUACAUCUACUGGCUGGUGUAAAUUGUAAAUAUGUAUAUAUGUAUAGGUACUUGUAUAUGUAUUAAAAAGUAUGAAACAGUACAAUGUCUAUAUACAAAAUUUAUAUAUACACACAUACGCCAUUCUGGGUGCAUUCCCCAAAGUAUUCCAGGUCAUUUGUGGUUGUCAUAAAAGUUAUGGCUCUUCUGCUGUUGUAAUAAUCUGUUUUCAGGGACUUGCAGUUGGUCCUUGAAGUAAUUCAGAAGUGAUUUCAGAUACAAGAGGCCUCGGUUAGCCAGGGGGAAUGAGUACUCCUGUAUUUGUUACAGUGAUUAGAUUCAUAGAUCCUGAACUGUGAAGAAGAUGAUCUGCCUUUCCUUCUUGUAGGAGGUCUCCAGUUUUUAAAAUGUGGGAUUCUAUGUGGAAGCUAAAGAUAGUAGAAAACCUUUAAUGCAGCAGCAAGGGAGAGAGAGGGAUUUUCUGCUACCCUGCCUGCUGUUCCUCCUUUGGCCACAUUCAGCUUACAGGAGAGGCAGAUUCAGAUUUCCCAAGCUCACUGCCUUCCAAUCAGAUACUUUCGUUUUGCUUUAGUGUUUGCUUUGAUGGAGCUGUUCUCAUUUUGAUUCCAUGUAUCUGGAUGACAGUAUGCUAAUUCUAAGGAUAGGAGUGAUGGUUCCAUUAGCGUGAGCUGGUGAACUUCUGUGGGAAGUUGUUUGUGAACUGAAUGGGAAAGCCUUGGCAGACACAGUCUUCAUUUUAGCUGGGCUGAAGUAAGGAGUCUUUGCUUGUGAUCUUAGAAGUUUCUAAUCCACUGUGCAGCCCUAAGAAAAGACCUUUAAAAAACAAAACAAACAAAAAAGCUGCAGAUGCUAGAAUAUAGCAGGAGAAUGUGAGGCUUUGAAAAUUAGUUCAGAAGUUGAAUUUCUUAGCAGCAAUGACUGUCCAAGUCAAAAAUUCCUCCUGGCAGUCCCUCAUUUGCCUCUUACCUUCUGACCUUUGGUUCAGAAGGAUUGCUGCUGACGGGUAUUCAAAGAUAAAGAUUUCAGUCCUGUUGUGUUAGUAAGAGUGCAAAAGUGUACCUUGCAAAGAAAAAGGCUGAUACCUUCUGUCUGCUCUAGCUGUAGAUGGAUAAGUAUCUGGUCUUGGAUUUUGAGCCAGCCCCCUCCCUUCUGACCCAAAGCAACUGCUUUCAAGAUGAAAACUGAUAUUUUCUCUUCAAGUAAACGCUUGUCUUGUUUGAACUUACUGAGUCAUUCUAAAGUUGUGCUACUGUGUGCCGUGUGCUAUUGUCAUAGGUACCUUCUCUGUGUAUGCUUGUAUGUACUGAAGAAAACUUUGGUUUGUGUAUUUAGCAGUCCUCACUGGAAGCGAGGGGAAGACUGAACCAUUUUUGAGUGAGAAGAGAACAGAUCCCUAUCUUCUCAGGCCUAAUGCCUUCCCUCUUGUCUUGCUCACCCUUUGCUCAUGUUAAUGGAGAAGACUUGCCAUCACCAGGCAACAGUAAAUUCUGUAUGUUAUGUACUAUGAGAGGAAAAUGUGAACUGUACUGGAUGUCUGUGUAUUGGACUGCUUCUGCCUAGCCCCCUAUUUCCUCUGCAUGGAAUAUGUUUGAAUUAAUCCUACUUUCAGAGGAGGCACCUCAAUUCCUACCCCUCUGUUCAGAACACCUUAGCCAUGGUUAGUGCUGUUGCCGUCUCUUUUUUCACCUUUUUGACUUGUCAAAAUAACAGUGGGAAGGGAAGAGAGGGUAAUGAAUCUUUACAGCUGUGUUUCUAACUACUCCUGGGAUGUGAUGUCUCAUUUUCUUCAUGCACAACUAAAUGGAGCACUAGCUCUGUGAGCUUUGCAAACCGGAGUUGCUCCCUGGAGUGCUUUCUUGAGAAGUUUCAGGACUGUUUGGGUAGUUUAUCAAACAGUAUCUAUUAGGAUAUGACUUACUAAAGCUUUCGAGACUAUUCCAUAGGGAGAUGUGCAGAGAUAUCUUUUAAGGAUCACAGGAAAUAGAUGGAGAUGGGGAAUUAGGCUUCAGAUAAUCAUCUUCAUAAGGUACGAUGUGAGUAGUUCUGGUCAGGCAGCUCCUCUAAGAACGAAAGUGUCUAUUGCUCAUCCGCAGGCAUGCUGUUGUGAAGUGCCUCCCCUGCUCUGCCUUCAUCUUUACACUGUAACUCCGUGCUAUGCCUGAAGUCUGCUUUUUCAUAAAAGUUAAAAAGCUUGGAAUCCGUCUGAACAACUUGUUUUUCGUUUUGUUUUGGGUUUUUUUGUUUUGUUUUGUUUUGUCUUGAGGCUUCUUUUGUAACAGCUUUAUCUGUGUUAGAUUCUUCAGUAGGUGUUCGUAUUACAGGUCACAAAUGAUGGCAGUAGCAGAGCCCUCAGUUAGUCCUGCCCUUUCCAGACCAAGUGGCUGCUCAGAUGUCAGCAGCUGAUCUGUGAUGGCUGCUGCUGUUCUGUGGCUGAGGGAGUUCCACAGACUGAACGCUGUUCACGUCCUUUGGUGACUUUGCCUAGCAGCGCCGUCAGCUUGUGUGAGGGGUGUUGGUGCGGAGGGCAGGGCAGAAGUCUGCAAAGUGGAGAGGUUCCAUAUUGCUGAGAUGGCUCUCUGACAUUUUCUGGUAUCUUUGACUCUAGAGCAAUUCUGUUUCUAUGACCAAAUCUAUCGCACGUGCUUUGAAGAUUCAGAUGUCUGCAACUAGAACAGAAGGAAUACAUCAGACAAUUCUUUUUAAGUUAUUCUUUUGGUUUUCUUACUCCAAACCAUUCCUCUGCCAAAACAAAAGAGAUUUAGUUUAAGAUUUCCGAAUUGGAUCAUUUGGAAUAUCGGAGAGUGUCUCUGCUUUCCUGUUGGCACACUGAUGGACGCAGAGAUGCACGCAGAGAUGUUUUGCUCUUGGAGCUCCUGGUUUCACACUGAGAGCAGACUGCAGCUGCUGCUCCCUGGCCCAAAGGAGCCCUGGAGCCUCAAGCUUUGCCAGAUGUAGCAGCAGCUGUUUGCUCGAGGAUAAAGGCCCGUUCUUACUGUCGGCCCCGCUGGCGCUGCAGGUCUCCUUUGGCACGUGUUGGUCAUCGCUUCCCCGCCGGGGCUUUGCUGGGGCUGGUUCUGCCCGCAGGGCCCCGGGGCAGGAGGUGCUGUGCCCGCAGCCAUGCAGGGGAGCGGGGCUGGAACUGCACUGCUGCGGGAGCGUUUGCCUCAGAGAAAUCAGCCCUUUUGGUACCAAAAGUAAUUUUAUAAUGAAUUAGUUUAAAGUUAUUUGACAGCCAUGUGCCUGUAUAUCGUAUUUUGGUAAAAACAGAUAUUUUACUUAAAAUAGAGAGAGAUAUAUGAAUAAAAGUUUUGGAGCAAAUAGCCUUUUUUUGCAAAGGAUCUGUAAAUUGCCAAAGCAAUGUAAUGCCAGAGAGUUCUCUGCCCAUGUUGUUGGUGUCUGUGGGAGGAAAGAAGUGUGUUUGUAUUGCUGCUGGGAUUGUCGGGGAAAGCGAAAGCUGAGAUGGAAGUGAGAAUCGGUACUACUCCAUUCCGCGACGAACACCUUCGUUACCACUGAUUUGUACUGGCAAUGACAAUAAACGCACGACGCACGGCCUGCUCGCUGCUGCCAUCA